AUGUUCGCUUAUGCUUUUCCGGUCUAUUUUCUUCCGCUGUUUCAGGCUGGCGGUAAAGCAGGCAAGGACUCGGGCAAGGCGAAAGCAAAGGCAGUGUCGCGCUCCGCAAGGGCUGGUUUGCAGUUCCCAGUUGGACGUAUCCAUCGCCACCUGAAGAACCGAACGACAAGCCAUGGACGCGUCGGUGCUACUGCUGCCGUAUAUUCGGCCGCUAUUCUAGAAUACCUUACAGCUGAGGUUCUAGAGUUGGCUGGUAACGCUUCCAAAGAUCUCAAAGUAAAACGAAUCACCCCAAGGCAUCUCCAGCUGGCAAUUCGAGGUGACGAAGAACUCGACAGUUUGAUCAAAGCGACGAUUGCCGGUGGCGGUGUUAUUCCUCACAUUCACAAAUCGCUGAUCGGCAAGAAGGGUGGACCCGAAUAA